AUGGUCACCACAAAAGGCCCGUUCUUCUACUACUUUGCUUUUGGCAGCAAUCUACUGCAGGAGCGAAUUCGAAUUAUGAACAAAGGCGCCGUUUUUCAUCACAUUGGAUUGCUGGAAGGGUACCGGCUGACCUUUGUCGAAUAUGGCAAGCGCUGGAAGGGCGGCGUGGCUUCUGUGAUUCAAUCUGCUGAAGAUCAUGUCUGGGGAUGUGUCUGGAAGGUGCCUGAAGAAUUUUCGACAACCCUGGACAUUCAAGAAGCUGGCUACCAUCGAUUGGAGGUGCCCGUACUCUCUGAUGGUGAAACGAUUACCUGCCGAACGUAUCAAUAUUCGGGCGAUCACGAGCAUUUCCAUGCUCCAUCACCUCACUACAAAACUGUCAUCGUGACUGGGGCUAAAGAACAUAGCCUACCCUCCGAUUACCUCAAGAAAUUGGAAACGAUGCCGGAUAAUGGUUUUGUCGGCCGCGUUGAUGUCGAAGUUGAGGCGAUCAAGCACAUGCAAGUCGACGUGCAGCCAAAU